AUGGUCACCACAAUUAAUUCUUCAAUUGACGUGGAACGUCUAACUCAUGAGCAUACUAUGUCUUUCUUCGAAGUAUGUGUAUUUGGUGAACAACAGCCAUGGAAAGAUCACCUGGAAUUGCAUGAUGUUGGGAAUAAAAUAGUAAAAAAAUUGAAGGGUUUCCCUCUUGCAGCAAAAACAGUAGGUAGAUUACUAAGAAACCAGCUUACUUUGGACCACUGGACAAGAGUUGCAGAAAGUAGAGAAUGGGAAUUACAGACCAAUGACGAUGACAUUAUGCCAGCUCUAAAGCUUAGUUAUGAUUAUCUCCCUUUUCAUUUACAACAAUGUUUUUCCUAUUGUGGGUUGUUUCCAGAAGAUUAUGAAUUUGGUAGCAAAGAGUUGGUUCACUUUUGGAUAGGAUUAGGCAUUUUAGGAUCACUUGAUCAGGCCAAAAGAACUGAAGAUGUUGCACUAUGCUAUUUAAACGACUUGGUAAAUCAUGGAUUUUUAAGAAAGAAUGAAAAAGAAAAUGGUCCUCGUUAUGUUAUCCAUGACCUACUGCAUAACUUGGCGGUGACAGUUUCAUCAUAUGAAUGCCUUAGCAUAUAUAGUUCUAACGUGCGAACCAUACAAAUUCCUGCAUCCGUGCGUCACUUGUCCAUCAUUGUAGAUAAUACCGAUGUCAAAGAUAUAACCACUUUUAAAGAAUACAACAGUUAUUUGAGUGCAAUACGUAAAAGAUUGAAAGUUCAGAACUUACACACUUUGGUGUUGUUUGGUGAAUGCCAUGGAAACUUUGCCAAAACUUUUAGGGGUUUAUUUAGGGAAGCUAGAGCCUUACGCACUAUUUUUCUGUCUGGUGCAUCAUAUUCUGUGGAUGAUGUGUUGCUGGACUUUUCAGAACUUGUCCAUCUCCGCUACCUAAGGAUCAAAUCAGUUCGUAAUAAGGACAUGUGCUUACCUAGUGCAUUGUUUAGAUCAUAUCACUUAGAGGUAAUUGAUAUAGAAAGUUGGGGCGGCAGCUUUGGUUCAACAAGUCAAAUGAGCAAUCUCGUAAACUUGCGUCAUUUUUUCGUGCCGAAACAUAGACUUGAACUUCACUCUAGCAUAUGUGAGGUUGGGAAACUUAAAUUCCUAGAGGAACUGAGGAGAUUUGAAGUGGGAAAAGAAACCAAGGGUUUUGAACUAAGUCAACUAGGAGAACUGACAGAGCUUGGAGGAUCACUUGGCAUUUAUAAUCUCGAAAAGGUGCAGAAAAAAGAUGAGGCAAAUGAACUAAAACUGGUACACAGAAACCACUUGCACAAGUUAAUACUGGAUUGGUUUAUUGAUAGACCUAACAAGAAUGCAGAACAAGAAGAGAAUGUCAUCGAAAGUCUCGUACCACACAGUAAUCUGCGAGACCUAUGCAUUAAAGGACAUGGAGGUGCUAAUUGCCCAUCAUGGUUGGGCAGGUACCUCUCGGUUGAAAAUUUAGAAUCUCUUUCCCUAUGUGACGUAUCUUGGAGCACACUUCCCCCUCUAGGGAAGUUGGGGUUCGUUGAUGCUCCUGGUGAAGACUGGCACGGUCAUGUCUCAAGCCAAAGUUUCCAUAUUUUGAAAAGACUAGAAAUAAUUAACAUACCAAAACUACAAAAAUGGGCUGGAAAUGAACCUUGUCAUUUGUUCUCUGUUCUAGAGGUGGUCAUCAUUAUAGAUUGCCCUGAACUCGUGGAAUUGCCAUUUUCACACCCUACUAGCCAUCGAGCAAAGCACGAUGAGAAUAUGUCCUGGUUUCCUAAACUACGGGAGCUCAAGGUUAUACGCUGCCCCAAAUUGGCGUCAUUGCCUCCAAUCCCUUGGACUCAAGCUCCGUGCUCUGCUGAGAUAAGUCAAGCAGGGUGUGCUUUUGAGGAGCUAGUGUACUGGAAGAACUACAAUUCGGAAUUGAGUUUGAAAGUUGAGGGAAAAGAUGGUCAGCAUGCUGCGUUGUGGAACUUGUUGGCUUUCCAUAAUCUGGCUGAUCUGAAAGAGAUGGAGGUGGAGAAGUGCCCUCCCCUGCCACUGAUUCACCUCCAAAAGCUAAAAUCUCUCAAGUCCCUCACGAUAACCGGUAUGAGCAACUCGUUGCUGCUGUUUGAAGAUGAAGGCUAUAAUACUGAAUGCCCGCUUCCAGUUGAACAAAUAAAGAUCAAGGAGUGUGAUGCUAAUGGGAAGGAACUGACACAAAUGUUAUCUCAUUUCCCGAAGCUCACUAAGUUGGAAGUGAGAAGUUGUGAGAAGAUAACAGAGAUUGGCGUGGCGGAGCUUCAGACGGAGAUGACGACACCAUCAUCUUCAGGUAAUGAAAUUGAAACUGAGCAUGCACAAGCUGAACAGCAUCAGACAAAAGGAGAAGAGGUAGAAGAUGCAGCAGCAGGAGGAGGAGGUCUGCUGCUCCUGCCUCGGCAACUACAGGAGUUGCGCAUCUCUGGUUGCAGAGGGCUGCGGUUACUCUCCGAUUCACUUGGCAAGGACAGCACACACGGAGGAGGGCUUCAGAGUCUUUGCUCCCUCCAAUUGUUCGGCAUACUUGAUUGCCCCAGGUUCCUCUCGUCCUAUUCGUCCUCCGCCUCAUCUUGUUUCCCCUUCCCGACCUCCCUGCAACAACUCGCGCUGUGGGGCGUGGAGGGCAUGGAGACGCUGGUUCCCCUCUCAAAUCUCCUCUCUCUCACCGAUUUAACCGUGCAUAACUGUGGGGAUCUAAGAGGCGACGGCUUAUGGCCUCUCGUCACCCAGGGGCGCCUCACACAAUUACGCAUCUCUGGAACCCCAAAAUUCUUCACUGGUUCUGAGCCCUCACGGCCACAUGACCAAGAGAUUCCUUCCUCUUCAUCCAAACUAGAAUUUCUCUUGACGGAUGACUUGACGGGAGUCCUUACCGUGCCCAUCUGCAGACUCCUCUCUUCCUCCCUCACCCAAUUAAUCUUUUGGGAUAACAAAGAGAUGGAGCGCUUCGCAGAGGAGCAAGAGGAGGCCCUUUACCUCCACGGUUCCCUCCAGAAACUUGUGUUUUCUCACUGCACGAAGCUGCAGCGUCUCCCUGCGGGGCUAACCAAACUUGCCAGCCUCAACAUAUUACGGAUCUGGUCGUGUCCAGCCAUCCAAUUGCUGCCCAAGGACGGACUGCCAACUUCUCUGCAAGAAUUAGAGAUCAGUAACUGUCCUGCCAUCAAAUCUCUGCCCAAGAACGGCCUGCCAAGUUCACUACGAAAAUUAGAGGUUCCUUAUGGCAUCAGCGAGGAGCUUAAAAGGCAGUGCCGCAAGUUAAAAGGAACCAUUCCAAUAAUCAAAGACUACGAUGACUAA